CGCAUCCCCCGCCCGCCCCUCCGACAGACAUCAAAAUGAGCGCCCAAGACGCGGACAUUACCGACCCCGCCCUCGCCGCCGAGCUCAAGAAGAAGCGCACCUUCCGUACUUUCUCUUACCGCGGUGUUGAGCUUGACAAGCUCCUCGACCUUGGCAAUGAGGAGUUCAUGGAGUUGGUCCACGCCCGUGCGCGGAGACGGUUCCAGCGCGGUCUGAAGCGCCGCCCUAUGGGCCUCAUCAAGAAGCUCCGCAAGGCGAAGAAGGAGGCGCCCCCGAACGAGAAGCCCGCCGUCGUGAAGACCCACCUCCGUGACAUGAUUAUCGUCCCGGAGAUGAUUGGCUCUGUCGUCGGUAUUUACAACGGCAAGGUCUUCAACUCGGUUGAGAUCAAGCCCGAGAUGACUGGCCACUACCUUGCCGAGUUCUCGUGCUCGUACAAGCCCGUGCGCCACGGCAAGCCCGGUAUUGGUGCCACGCACUCAUCGCGUUUCAUCCCCCUCAAGUAAAUUCGGAUUUGCUUGUGUUUCCAUGUCGUCUAUCUCUUGCUGUACUGCAUCACGCCAUAAAAUUCUAUGCGAUAUGUCAUGGGAUUUGGU